AUGUCAUCGACGUCUUCGGUUGCAGAGAAGAGAAGGCAGGUCCUGGUUGGUGAUCUUCCACCGGAUUUCUUGCGACUGAUUGUACCUCGACAACAACUAUCCCCAACACAACAAAACAUUCCACAGGUGGUUUAUGGAGGUAGUUUCGUUCCUCCCAAUACACGUGGACGCGUGUCGAUCACAAUCGCCGAUGCCAAUUUAGUUAGGAACUAUGGAAUCGUGAGGAUGGAUCCGUACUGCAGACUGCGUGUUGGGCAUGCUGUAUUUGAAACACAGACGAAGCUGAGCGGUGGAAAAAGCCCAGUAUGGAACCGAACCGUUCACGCAUAUUUGCCAAAUGGAGUCGAAAGCAUCUACGUACAGAUUUUUGACGAGAAAGCCUUUAGUGCUGAUGAGUGCGUUGCGUGGGCUCACGUAAUGCUUCCACAAGCGAUCUUCAAUGGGGAGACAAUCGACGAUUAUUACCCUCUUAGUGGACAACAGGGCGAAGAAAAAGAGGGAAUGUUGCACCUUAUCAUUUCUUUUGCUCCAGUUGAAACAAUGGAAAUUACGGCCGAGGACACUAAAGAACUUGAAGCAAUGUUUCCAGGCGUAGACAAGGAAGUGAUCAAAUGUGUGCUUGAAGAGAGUAGAGGUGACAAGGAUGCUACUGUUUCAGCACUUUUGGAGAUGAGCAAAUCUGAAUGA